AUGUCUUCCUUUCUCGCCAUCCCCGACCCCAAAGACUCUAUCGUCAAAAUCACUGCUACCUGCUACAAAAGACCGGAUGUCUCCUGGGAUUAUUUCAUUCAGUAUUGGCGAAACACUCAUGUCUUCAAGUUUACGCGAAACCCUAAAGUCGAAAAACUCCUCAUAGGCUACGUUCAGUGCCAUCGUGACGAGGAGUCAUCAAAGAAAAUGGGACCGGUUCCUCUACUAGACUAUGAUGGACUAGCUGAGUUCUACGUCAGGCGCAUCGAGGACUGGUUGGAAAUUGCAAGUGAACCACAGCAUCUUGCCGAGUCAAUGGUGGAUAUGGAGCAUUUCUGCGACAGCCCGCGAAUGAAGCUUUUCAUCACCAACUAUGAGCCGCGAUUCUGGAAAAUUCCUGCUCCUCCUUCGCCACCCAAGCAAAUCGAGUGGAACCACCCAGAUCCUGAGCAGCUGAAGAAGGACCUGGACCCCAAGUACAACUAG